UCCACCUCCACCCGAAACGCACACGUCGCGCACCAGACCUCACCUCACCAUCCGUACGCCACACUCCACCGUCCUGGCCCAAACCCCGUGCCACUUUCCCCACCCACCGGGGCCACCACCCCGCCGCCGGCGCGAUGCUGCCCUACACCGGCGACCACCGCCGCUCGCCUCCCCCGCCGCCGCCGCGCGCGGCCUUUUCCUCCCUCUCCCCCUCCGCUGCCCCCUUCACCGUCUGCUGCCCCCACCCAGCCACCGAUCCGACGCCCGGCCGUGAUCUCCCCACCGCCCCGUCCGUCUACGCCGCGGGCGGGGAGUGGGGCAGCGCGUCGUGGAUGGAGCCUCCCGUGAGCUACAUGGCUCCCGUCGCCGCCGCCGCUGCCCCGCAGCCGGGUUAUAAAGGUGAGGCUUCUCAUAGUGCUCCCUAUGGCAUAUGCUCUGGGAAUAACUUUAGUAACUUUGCGGGUCUACAUUCCUUAAGAUCAGAGAGCUCAAAUUCGAUAAGUGAGAAGCAUCCAGGAACUUGCCAAGAAAGUUCAGAGGCCCUCUCUAAUGGUUUUGGACCAUCAGUUUUUCAUCAGCAACAGAAAGCUUUUGUGAGUAAAUUGCUUGAUCAUUCAGGAGCAGAGGAGACAGGACCUUAUCCCCCACGACAAGAUCUAAAUCAGUAUCCUUUUGGUUCUGCGUAUGACAAAUACAUGACACAGCUUUCGUCAUGUUCAACAGACACACAACCUCACAUCUUGUCUACACGAUAUGUUGAUUCAUCUGAAAUGGCCAAAGGAACGGUUCCAGUGAUGAAUGACACUAUUGGGGAAAGUUCCUUCUCCUUUUCUUCAUAUAUGAAUCCCUGUAGAAUCAAUCUUGAUUAUUUUGAUUGCAUGUGGAAUGAACAAAAAGAUCUUGGAUAUCAAACUAUUGAUAAACAGUGUGGAAAAUGGAGCAGCUCGGUGGGUGAUAUGGCAGCAGUGGGGAACUAUCAACUCAAUUCUCUUGGAGAGAACCACCAUGCUUCUGAGCGUUUUGGAAAUGGGAGGCAUAUACAGGAGUCCUCUGAAGUGAAGCAUGAUUUGGGAAGUUUCAAUUCCAAAGCUUCUACAGCUGAGCUUGGAUUGAUUCAGCCUCGUGAAUUUUCAUGUGAGUUGCUUGAGGUUAAUAACACCACUGUUGAUUCACCAUGUUGGAAGGGCACACCAGCCAUGUACCAGCCUUCAUUUGGUAUCAUGGAAAAUAAUGAUACUCCUCGUACGGUUAUAGGAGGCUACAACAGUUCAAAUCAAAACCAGAAGGCUCCUGAGUUUAGUUCUGGGUAUCCAGGGCGAUUCCCGGAACAUCAGGAAGCAUCAGGUUCUGAGAAUGACCCUUGGAAGACUUUCAAGUUGCCUUUGAGAUGUAUAAGCUCCAAAGAUCAUAAAGAAGUACCACCUAUCGAUGUCAGGGUUCAUAAUGAUAUGGAUAAUCAUGCUAGUUAUUUGCCUGACAAACAACAUGCCAGAACACAGAAAUGCUAUGAUUCUGGAGAAGAUUCUAAGAAUGUGAUAACUUCAAGUCAACAGGAAAGUUCUUGUCCUGCCAGCAAACCCAAACUUUUGGGUGAACAUAGUGGCAGACAUAUAGCAAGCAUGACUGAAGCAAUAAGUAAAAAACUGUUGAGUCCUAUUGCUAUUACUCCUAGAGUUCAUGUUGAUAAUUUGACAAGUGGAAGCCCACAUGAAAAUAGUUCUUCUGCGGCUGCGGAGAAAGAAGGAAGCACACAGAAAAGAGGUGAAGACUCUUCUCAGUGUUAUCCAGGUGCUGAGGGGAAUAUGCUGAAUAUUUCUUGUGAGACCAGCUCUAGCACUCGGGCAAUAUUUCUGAAACUAAUGCACAAUUUGUCGGUAGUGCUUCUAUCGUCUUGCAAGGGUGGUUCUUCAUUACAGGAAGACGAAGAGGGCCUUCUGCAAUCAGUGAUUCAAAAUCUUGCAGCUGCUAGUUCCAAAAGAAGCAAGAUUGAACAGAAAACUGAUGAGGGCUUGAGCAAAACCAGUCAAAUGAAAUUAAAAAAUAUUGAUUGUGCGAGGAACAACAUUUGGAUGGCAAUGCGUGGAUACUUGGCACCGGAGAAUGCUGAUUCAGAAUUUAAGGCCACUGUUUCACAGGUUUUAACUAAGCUCCCAGAGGAUAACAUGCUUGAUGACACUGAAGUUUCUCAGGCGUCAAUCUACAGGAAUUUGUGGAUUGAAGCAGAAGCUUCAGCGUGUAAACUUAAAUACGAGCUUCAACUUGCUCGUAUGAAGCUUGCGACAACAAAAGGUCACAACAACACAAUAAAAGUUCCUGACUCAUCGGAUGGCAGUAAAGGCUCUAACUCCUCUGUAUCCAGUAGCAAACCACAAAAUCAUGUCAAAGAAAGCAUUAGAUGCGCUGCGGCUUUGCAAUGUCAGGGAGGAGAUAGCGGUGACAGGCAAUCUCCUGCUAUAAAUAGGAGCAUUGUCAAUGGUGUUGAUGCUGAUGUUUUUGCUCGAUUUGAAGUUUUGCAGUCCCGCAUUGACAAUGUUAGCUCCUUUGGAGAGAUUGACUGUGAGGGGCAGAAAGAAGCAAUCAAGAACUCAUAUGCGAUUGAAGAUGCUGUUAUGGCUAGACUGAAAGUUUUGCAGUCUCGUCAGGACAAUGUAACCUCUUUGAGUCAGGAAAGCAUGCUAGAUGCAAGCACAAACAGAGCAGAUAAUAUUGAUGCUGCUGUUAUGGCCAGGCUGAGAAUUUUGGAGUGCCAUCCUAAUAAUGUAACCUUUUUUGGUCAGGAAAGCAGCAAGCAACAACUCGAUGCAAGCACAAAUAGAGAAGAUGGGGUUGAUGAUGAUGUUAUGGCUAGGCUGAGAAUUUUGAAGUCUCGACCUGAUAAUAUAACCUCAAUGGGUGGUGUCAGCAAGGAGCAUGAAGAAGCAUGUAGUGAUCGGUUGAAUGGGGAUGAAGUUGGCGUUAUGUCUUGUGGAGGCAAUGUCAACAUUAAAAGAAUUGUUAAACCAUGCUCGAAGUUUCUUAACUCUGAUGAUUUGGCAGACCGCUUGGAAAGAGGAGAUCCAGUUGGUGGCCUAGACUUUGCUGAUGGAACUUGUGUUAGGGAGAACGAGACAGAUGGUUCAGCCGAUGUAGCUACUCCCAAGAGGUGCAAAGCUCCAUCUGAUGAGGUGAACAACAAAGGUGCAGCCCAGGGUGAAGAUAAUUUUGGUGAAAACCAUGCGUGGCCUCAAACUGCAGGGGACGCUCAUGUUUGCACAGAAGGGUCUCAAGACUCGCACUUAAUCUCCACUCCAGUUCACCAGUAUGGCAGUUCGCCAUCAGAGUGGGAGCACGUGCUGAAGGAGAACUUCUUCCAUCCAGGCAAAUAGACAACCGAGGCAAACCGUAAACCGGAAAGCAACUAUUUCAGCUCAUGUUGCUUCAAAAAGUCUAUGCUUAUUGUAUAUAUGCUAUAAUAUACUUCACCUUUCCUCCCCCUUUUCUGUAUGACAAAAUAAACUGCACAACUGGUGAUCAUGUAAGCACACCGUCAGGUUUCUCUGUUUGGAUCUAUCCAAAAGUUAUCUACAUGUGACAAUUAUAUGUACCAGAAUUUACACUAAUUAUUAUAUAUAUUUACUCCCAGGAAAUGUGGGUCUUGUGAUU